GCAAAAAGACUUAGCGGGUGCAAAACAAGACAUCUAUCUGUCCACUAGCGAUCGUCCGAUAAUAAAUAAUUAGUAUUUUUAAUGUUUUAAUAGUGAAUAGCACGCAAAAUUUCGCUGAUAUAUAAAUUAUUUGGGAGUUUUUUUAUUUAUGUUUCUGACAUUAUUUAAUUUUAUGCAUAAUUGACUUUAUGUGUUAAGUAAAUUUGAAGUAAUAAGUUGAUUCAUUCAUUUGAAAAUGACACUUUCAUGAAUCAUGCAAAAUAAAACUACCUAGAAUUUAAGCAAAUAAAUAUAAUUUAAAAAAUGAAAUGUGAAAAUGCACCGGAUGAAAGUGCACCGAAACAAAUUAGUACCAGUUCUGUUGUUGCCACCAGUGUAUUUGCUUUAACUUUCAUUCUGAUUGGAGUACCUGUAUGGUGGAAAACAACAGAAGUAUACAGAUAUCCUGUUCCACAUGAAGAAUGUCAUCAUUUGCUUUCUGAAACUAUUACCCAUGCCGUGCCUAUUAAAAUAAUACUUGCUGACCAACAAGUUCAACAAGGUGUCUUUUGGGAAGAAUUGUUGCUUUUGUCAAGCAAUAUGGAGGAAGUUUCUCAGCCUUAUGUAAAUUUUCAUUGGACUAUGAGUACUGCAAAUGAUGAAGAAGAAGCACUAAUCAAGCAGUAUACUAAUGUUUCUGAUUUAGAUUCAGCUUUUGCUUUGUCUGAGCAAGUAUUAAAGGCUGGUGAUCAUAAAAAAUCAUAUGGAAACAUGCAAAUAAUAGUUUUGCCUAAAGAUUAUGCAAAAGGUCCCAAAUUUACAAUUGGGAGGAACAGGCAAGCUUACAUUUUAAAUGAUGCAG